AUGAUAUCUACUGCCCCCCUUCCCAUUCUCGCAAAUGGCGAAUCUACAAAAGCCGACAUCCCCAACGGACUUCCAAAUGGCACCACAACCGAAACACCAAAACUGAAUAUCAAAGAUCUUCCAGUGGAAAACUUCCGCCAAAUGCGUGUCGUCGUAAUCGGCGCCGGGUUCUCAGGCAUAUACCUGGGCGUCCGUAUCCCGCAACGACUACGCAACGUCGAGUUAGCCAUUUACGAGAAGAAUGAUGAUGUAGGAGGGACUUGGUACGAGAAUGGGUAUCCAGGCUGUGCUUGUGAUAUUCCUUCGCAUUCGUAUCAGUAUACAUUUGCACCAAAUCCGGCGUGGAGUAGAGUCUAUGCUAGUGGGCAGGAGAUUCAUCAGUAUCUCAAGAGUGUGGUCAAGAGGUACUCGGUAGACAGAUUUGUGAAGUUGUCGCGUCAGGUGCUAGAUGUGGAGUGGCAUGAGGAUGUGUCGAAAUGGUUCAUCACUAUCCAAAACCGUCUGACUGGCGAGACAUUUGUCGACAAAGCAGAUGUCGUUAUCAGUGCCCGUGGAACCUUAAAUGACAUAUCAUGGCCUGAUAUCCCCGGUCUGAAGGAUAUGAAGAUCCCAGUCAUCCAUUCAGCGGCAUGGGACGAUAAACAAGAAUUCAACGGGAAACGAAUAGGCAUCAUAGGCGGCGGUAGCAGCGCUAUCCAAAUCAUUCCGGCUUUACAACAGGUCAAAGAUACCCAACUCACAUGCUUGAUUCGUAGCAGAAUUUGGAUUGCGAAUCCGUUUGGCGCGGAGAUUCUCAAGGAGCUCGGGGUCGAGAACACAGAAUUCACCCCCGAACACCGCGCCCGCUUCGCAAAUGAUCCAGAAUACUACCUCAAAUUUCGCACAACCCUCGAGCGAGCCUCCAACCUCGAACACUCCGUCACCCUCAAGGACUCCGAAAUGCAAUGUCUUGCUCGCGAAGGAUUCGCCUCUCUCAUGAAAGAACGUCUAUCCAAAAAACCCGAAAUCCUAAAACAUCUCCUGCCCGAUUUUGGUGUUGGAUGCAGACGUCUCACCCCUGGCCCGGGAUUCCUCGAAGCCCUCGUGGAAGAUAAUGUAACCGUCACAAACACACCCAUCAACGCAGCGCACGCGACAGGCCUCGAACUCCAAGAUGGCACAAAACUUCAUUUCGACAUUCUGAUCUGUGCAACUGGAUUCCGCACCUCUGCACCACCACCGUUCCGCGUCGCAGGCGUGGACCGUCAAUUGAUGUCGGAUAAAUUCCACCCUUUCCCAGAAACAUACAUGUCCCUCGCCACAGACGGAUUCCCAAACUACUUCAUGAUGCUUGGCCCCAACGCCGCAAUCGGUACUGGGCCAUUGACAACUAUGAUGGAAAUGACGGGCGACUACAUUGUGAAAUGCAUCCGGAAGAUGCAAAAAGAAAACAUCAUACGGAUGGAAGUUCAGCGUCGUCGUGUCAAAGAUUUCUCAGCUGUUGCGGAGAACUAUUUCAAAAAGACUGUUUAUUUAGAUAAGUGUUCCAGUUGGUAUAGGAAUGAAGGUGGGAAGGGGCCGAGGAUAUCGGGCCUGUGGCCGGGUAGUGCGUUGCAUGCGAUGGAGACGAUUAGGUCGCCGAGGUGGGAGGAUUAUGAUUAUAAGUAUGAGGGAGAGGACGAAACGGAUGGGAAGGAGGUGAAUCGGUUGGCGUGGCUUGGGAAUGGAUGGUCAAUUGUGCAGACGGGCGAUGGGGAGGCUGGAGAGUUGGCGCAUUUCUUGCAGCCUGCAUUUGUGGAUGUGCCUGCUGAGCCGUUGCCUGAAGAGACGUUUGUGUAUAGACAGAAGCCAUUCUCACAUUAG